AUGGCCGUACCUCGUCCUCCUUUGCCCUCAACCACGGCCAUACCUCUUCCUCCUCGUGCUUAUUGGCAUGACGAUUCUUCUUCCCCUGGAGCUUUAAGAGGCUUAGUCAUGGACGCUCCUCUUGACCUUAAGCCAUUUGUCAAAUAUUUCAUUGCCCCCAUCAUUAUGCUCGCUCUCGCUCUCUCAGUCUUCCAUUUCCUGCAUCUCCCUCCUGUGAUUGUCAAGUCUCAUGUGACUCAUGCAUCCCUCACCGAGUUCAACUUCAUCCAAUCCAGCAACGACACCAUUAGUCUCCACUACAAUCUUGCCUUCAACAUCACGUUUCGAAACCCUAACUGA